CAGGUUUAUUUCACUAAUACAAUAAGCUGUUCGAGUAAAUGAGAGAGGGAUGGAGAACAAUGCACACAGAGUUAAAUUUAACAUCAGAGGCAGGACAUUCGAAACUUUUGCUUCAACAUUAAAUAAUAUUUCAAAUUCGAAACUUGCAAAACUGACACGUGAUCAUACGUCAUAUGAUACAGAGAAGCAGGAAUAUUUCUUUGACAGAGAUCCGGAACUCUUUAAUGUGAUCUUGAAUCUUCUAGUAACUGGGAACUUGCAUGUUCCCAAGCAUAUCUGUGGAGCAUUGUUACGGGACGAACUGAGUUUCUGGGAGAUCGAAAAUGGAAAUGUCAGGGAGUGUUGCUGGAGGCAGUAUUUCCAACAUGAGGAUGACAUGGCCGUUUUAAACGAUCUUAUUCGACAUGAGGAUUUAAAAAGUUCUUGGACAGAGUGUGAAACUUUAAAGGAGAGAAUUUGGCUUGUCUUAAACAAUCCUGGUUCUUCAAAACUCGCAAAGACCUGGUAUUGUCUAUACCUAUGUGUUGUGUUCAUGAGUAUCGUGAUCUUCUGCAUUUGGAACAUACAGGACCUCCGUACAGAUUUGUAUGUCUCAGAAAUCAUCACCCACCACUACCCGGAUAUACAUCUCUCUGGAAACGACAAACUGACCACCUUAAUUCUCACUGACCCUGUUCCGGCUCUUUUUGCUUUGGAGACCGGAUGUCUGUUGUUUUUCUUGGUGGAGUGGAGCGUGGGAUUCUUUGUAUGUCCCAAUAAAAGAGAGUUCCUGACGUCAUGGACCCACAUUGUCAGCUUUGUUCUUGUAUUUGCGAUGCUAAUGAAUUUCGUUAUGGAGUUUUUCAAGUCAAUUCUGGCGGAAAACGAGGUGGCUCGAUGGUUUUAUUUUAUAUUUAAAGCCAUAAGCAUGGUUCGACUGCUCCUCUUCAUUCGCAUCGCCCGCCGCUUUAGCGCAUUGAGAGUUCUUCUCCUCGCCAUUAAGCACAGUCUCUUAGAACUAUUGCUGAUGGCCAUAACGUUUUGUAUUGGAAUGUUAUUUUUUGCUACGUUGAUAUACUACGCUGAGAUUACAAAUACCAAUUCAUUUUCGAGUAUUUUCAUUUCAAUGUGGUGGGCUAUUAUCACCAUGACAACAGUUGGCUAUGGUGACGUAUAUCCCACCUCCAUUGCGGGUUAUGUUGUCGGGGUGUUGUGCGCGUUAUCCGGCCUUUUGCUGUUGGCCAUGCCAGUAGCGAUCAUCGCAUCCAACUUUUCUGAGUAUUACAGUCAAAACAGUUUCCAUCAACGAUAUCUAAAACUCCAAAAAGAAAGAAAGACGAUGGAUGUCAGUGAAAUAAACAAAGUUCAUCCGCACAAGGAUUCAAAAAGUGAAGAUGAAAAUUCAAAUAAUCAAUGAAUGUGU